GCGUCCAUAGCCACGAGAAUCCUCGUUUCCCAGAAAUUCAACAUAACACAGCUUUGCCGGGCAUUCUCGACGUUAGUGACGACAAAAAACUCAUUUUUUAGACACAGGCCAGCACAUACAGGUGUGCUGUCAUUUACAAGUUUUCAUACUACCUUCCAGAAUAAUGGAUUAGAAGAAUUUUUUGAAGAAAAAAAGAAAAUUGGGGAAAUUGAAGUGAAAUCAGGACGAUCAUGGGAAUUGGGUGAACUUAGAAUUAAAGACAGUGUUACAUUACAUAAAUUGUGGUAUGUACUUCUCAAAGAAAAGAACAUGUUGUUGACAAUGAAGUUGGAAGCAAAAAGGAAGAAGACAUUCAUGCCUAGUCCAGAAAGAAUAGAAAAGGUUGAAGAGUCUAUGGAGAGGCUAAUGCAGGUGGUUGAAGAAAGAAACUGUGCAGUCCGUGAGUUAAAGACGGGUCAAAGAGAAGUAGCACCAAAGAUAUACACAUAUAACAUGUUUGGAGAAAAGGUGUGGAGAAGAUUAAAAGAGUGGCCUAUACCAUAUCACAUGAACAGAAAGGUUCAACAUGAAAGGUACUCCUACUAUCCACUGGUUGUACCGUUCAUCCGACGGAGAAAGGAACUCGAACGCAAGAAGCUACGAGUGAAAGCUGUAAAAGAAAAAGCUUACAAAAGACGUUUGAAGCUGAAAUUUCCACAUGCAGAUAUAGAAAUUUGAUCUUUCAAUAGCUUUAGCACUGGGAUAUUCAGUGGAGCAGUUUCUAUGUAUAUUUAUAUAGUACAUGUAGGUGUGGAUGUAAUGAAAAUGGAUCCUCUUUAUAAUGCCAAUGUUUCGUUCAAAUACCGACCAAACUUUGAUCCCUGUUUCAUAGUAUUGUUGCCAAAAACUAUGGGUGAAAUAUGUACAACAAAAAGCAUAAACAAAGACUGAGACAGAAAUUUUCACAUGGUGAUAUAUAAAUUUGAGCUUUCAAUAUUUUUAGAACUGGGAUAUUCAGAAGAGUGUUCAAUAUAGUGUUUUCCCGUUCAAAAAAUGGUGCAACUUUGUUCCAGUAAUUUUCACUGUAUUCAGUCUUAAAAUUGAACCAAACAAAAAUGUGCCACUGCUUAUAGAUCUCCAAGAUCUUUAGACCCAGACAGAACUUUGCAUUAAAUCUUGUUUUACACCAUUCUCUUUUCUUUAGUUACUGCCAUUGGUGUAAUGUUACUCGUAAAUAAGCACCCAUUGUCAACAUAAAUAAAUCUCAGAAGGGGGGAAUGUGUUUGACCUGCAUUUCGAUUGUUUGGGGGAUCUACUAUCCCGUUUUCUAUUGUUCCUGCGACCCCCUCCCCCUUCUUUGAUUUGAUAUGCCCAUAAAUCCUGUUUGUUACAAUUACUACAUGUAUAAAGUAAAAUAUGGAUGGAUGGUUUUAUUGUUUCAAUAAUACAGUCAGUUACUGUUUUAAAA